UCGCAAGUUUCCGCUUUCCGCCGCAACAAUCUCAUCUCGUCCACUCACACAAUUCCCUAAAUUUUUUAUGCUGUUUUUUCUUUUCCCUUAUGGAAGAUGAAUCUUUUCUUUCCUUGCAAACAAGGACCCAAUUUGAACCCAUCACCGAGCAUCGAGUUCCUGAUUUAUCCCUUGCUAGCUCUUAUUCCUUCAACGAAUUUAUCGCUUUACAGGAACCCCAGCGAGACCCACAAGCCUCAUCUCAAUUAUUGACUCAGAAUGCGCCCAAGAAGAAACUUACUCGCUGCAAGACUGCUCCUGCCAUGGUUGUUUUUAAGGAUUUCAGACGAAAAUUAUCCGAUGUUCCUAAACCCCAGUCUAGCUCAAUCAUCAGGCAAGGCGUUUGCUUGCUUGUGAUAUAUCUUUCAGUCGGGGUUGUCAUAUACUCCUUCAAUCGGGACCAUUUUUCUGGCGCAGAGACUCACCCAGUUGUUGAUGCGCUUUACUUUUGUAUAGUCACCAUGUGCACAAUCGGUUACGGAGACAUCACACCGACAACCUCAGUAACCAAGGUCUUUGCCUGUUUCUUUGUAUUGGUAGGUUUUGGCUUCAUUGACAUAUUGCUUAGCGGGCUUGUUCAUUACGUGCUAGAUUUGCAAGAGAACACGAUUCUAACUGGGCUUGUAAUGGGUGCUCAAACUCAAAGAUCUCACGAAGGGUUCUCUGCAAGAAAUUACAUAGUUGAUGUGGCAAAGGGGCGGAUGAGAAUCAGAUUGAAGGUUGGUUUGGCUCUGGGCGUGGUGGUGUUGUGUAUUGGAAUAGGGAGUCUGGUUCUGUACUUUGUGGAGGACUUGAAUUGGAUUGAUUCAAUUUACUUAUCCGUUAUGUCUGUAACAACAGUGGGGUAUGGGGACAGAGCCUUCAAGACCCUUCCCGGCAGGCUCUUUGCUGCUAUCUGGCUCCUCGUUUCCACACUGAUGGUGGCCCGGGCCUUCCUGUAUUUGGCAGAGGCCAGAAUUGAUAGAAGGCACCGGAGAAUAGCCAAGUCGGCGUUGCAUAGAGAUAUGACUGUUGAAGAUUUGCUGGCUGCCACCAUCAAUAACACUGGCUUUAUUAGGAUUUGUAGUAGCAAUUUCGUUUAUGACUCUUAGCUGAAAAUAAUUCCUGAUGUCAUGUGUACAUUCGUAGGAGUUGUGUGUCAUGAAUAGGAUAAACAUUGCAUUGACCUUUGGUCAUUAGUGUUCAUAUAGGCUGUACGGUUGUCUGCUGCCGCCUUUCAUGUUGUGAUGCCUACGCUUUAGUUUUCAGAUUUAUUGUUGAGUUCUUUAAAUCGAGAUUCUAUGAAAAAGGAUGGGUUGUAUUAGUUCCGUCUGAGGCAAAAUGGUGCAACUAAGGGAUGUCACUGUUAUUUCAAAUGGUCAAUUAAUAACUUAUUUUGGCAAGGGAUAUUUUUCUUACUUGGAAUUUCCAUUCCAUUUGCUAUGAUUCAGUAAGUCAGAGUAUGUAAUAUUCAAGCUCAAAGAGAUGGGGAAGAUAAGGGAAAAGGAUAUAUUGCAAAUCUGUGACCAGUUCAACAAGCUUGAUUCCACUAAUUCUGGAAAGAUAACGCUGCCUCAUCUCCUAGAG